UUCCCUGUCUCUAUCGAUACUCUACUAAUUCACCCUUACACUGCCGCUGCUCGGUUUCUUCCUCGAAUGCGCCUGUUCACUAGUUAGAAGAAUUGACCCCAGAUCAUGCGUUUCUUGCAAUGUCUUCUCGCUACAACAUCCCUUUACACUAGUGCCACGGCAUUUGUGCCUUUUACCUUAAAGCUCGAGGAUCCUUCUACCGAUCCCGCCAGCGAUAAGCUGCAGCGGCGCUUUAUGCCAUGGACCUUACCUCAGGAUGACCAGGGUUCGUCCUCCGAGGAUAACACUUUCACCCUCGACCUCAAAAAAGAAUCCUUUCGCCGAGACAAUACGUUCAAGAUAAUGUAUGCAGAUGAUCCGACAUCACCUAACACGGCGGCGCUCAACCAAGGCGGAAGUGACUACUCCUACUUUGCUGCAGCAAAAGUUGGCUCGCAAGGUCAGAAGAUGUGGAUGAUGCUAGACUCUGGGGGUGUCAAUACAUGGCUCUUCGGGUCCGACUGUACCACGAAUGCCUGCAAGCUGCACAACACGUUCGGUGAACACGCCUCGACGAGUCUUCAACUGACCUCCAAGGAAUGGGGUGUAGGUUAUGGAACCGGGCAAGUCAGCGGUGUCCUUGGAAACGACACCAUCUCAAUUGCCGGUAUGGAUGUGCGGAUGUUGUUCGGACUGGCUUCCAAUGCGUCGGAUCAGUUCCAGAAUUACCCUAUGGAUGGGAUCAUCGGUCUCGGCCGCGCGGAAGAAAGCUCAUAUGGCCCCUCGUUUAUGGAGGCCGUCAUAGAGCAAAAGGCCCUCAAGUCAAACAUUGUCAGCUUCAGCCUCUCUCGUGCCGCUGAUGGAGGGAAGGAUGGUACUGUGACGUUCGGUGGUGUCGACAAGACCAAAUUCAAGGGGGACAUCACCUACACUAAGGCUCUCAGCGGCAACAAUCGCUGGACCAUCCCUCUCGACGAUGCCAUUGUGGAUGGCAAUGCCUGUCGCUUCUUCAACAAAACGGCCAUCAUUGACACCGGCACCUCCUACGCUUUGAUACCACCAAAGGACGCAGCCGCAUUGCAUAAGCUGAUUCCGGGCUCCAGCGCCUCGGGAGAAGAAAACUUCCUUAUACCUUGCAACUCCACCGCCAAAGUUCAACUCACCUUCUCGGGCGUUAGCUACACGAUCUCUCCCAAGGACUAUGUCGGAUCUAAAUACGGAUCAGGCUGUGUUUCGACUAUUGUCGGCCACCAGAUGUUCGGUGACAACGAAUGGCUCGUGGGCGAUGUCUUCCUCAAGAACGUAUAUACGGUGUUUGACUUCGAUCAAGACCGAGUUGGGUUUGCCGAGCGUGGGAACUCUAGCGCAAAAACAUCUUCUACGACACCUUCCACCGGAACAGACAAGACUGUCUCCGCUACUGCUGCCGCGGCCAUUGGUGGUUGUUCUGUGCACACUUUGGCUGUAGCCUAGUGUGAUCUCCUAUGCAACUCCCUGCGGUUGCUUUGGUGUAUCUCUGCUCCUAUUCCGUUCAGCGCCUGACAUAUCAUAGCGACAAGUAUAGCAUUUUCUGCUGGGGUUCCGGAUUUGUAUUUUCUGGUUCCAGUGACGGUCUUUUCUGCAUUUCUCCUCUUGGUAACCCGGCAGAUA